CAUGUGUGAGUGUGUGUGUGUGUGUGUGUGUGUGUGUGUGUGAGAGAGAGAGAGAGAGUGUGUGGUGUGUGUGUAUGUGUGAGUGUGUGUGUGUGCGUGUGUGUGCAUGUGCGUGUGUGAGUGUGUGCAUGUGCAUGUGUGCAAGUGUGUGUGCAUGUGUGUGUGUGAGUAUGUGUGUGUGUGUUGUGUGUGAGAGUGAGAGUGUGUGUGUGCGUGUGACCUAGUGACUGUCAUUAUCAUCUUGUAUAAUCCUAAAUCCUACAGCACCCGUUUGAAGUCCUCUCUCAGUUUGUGAUCGUUUGGGAAUACUGAUCAAAAUUAGCCCCAUUCCAGCUGUAUUAGAAAGACGUUUCCACAGAGAAAGUGUGUGUGUGUGUGUGUGUGUGUGAGAAAGAGAGAGAGAGAAUGAGUUCAUGUGUUUGCUGGCACACCUGUGAUGAUGUCAUAGCAGCCUUCAUGGGUGUGUGAAGUCGGCUGUAGUACUGUGUGACGGACAGGUGGCCUGACCAAUCAGCUGUGAUGUCUGUUCGAGUGAGGCCUCUGGACACACCCAGGACUCUCAUGGAGGGGCUGGAUGAGGUUACCGUGGGCAACACAGAGGAAAUGAUAGAGAAUAAACAUCGAGAUGCUGGAACUUACUUUAACAUCAACAACAACAAUAACAAUGAAGAAGAGGAAGAAAAGAAAAUGAAAAAAGAAAAGAAGAACAAGAAGAAAGAGAAAAAAGAGAAGAAAGAGAAAAAGGAAAAGACAGAGAAGAAGAAGAAAGAGACAGAAGAGAAGGUGAAAGAGAAGCCCAAAGAAAAGAAAGAAGAAAAGAAAGAAGAACCGAAGGAGAUUUAUGUUGUAGAUCCAGCUGGAAACAUGUACUACAACUGGCUGUUUGUGAUCACAUGUCCUGUGAUGUAUAACUGGAUUCUCAUCAUAGCCAGAGCAUGUUUUGAGGAAUUGCAGGGAGAUUAUUUGAUAUACUGGUUCAUUCUGGAUUAUGUAUCUGAUAUGGUGUAUCUGGCCGACAUGCUUUUCAGGACCAGAACAGGAUAUCUGGAGCAGGGUCUUUUAGUAAAAGAUGAGAAGAAGCUUCGAGAUCGCUACAUGCAGAGUGUGCAGUUCAAACUGGACCUGGCCUCCAUGGUCCCAACAGACAUUUUCUACUUGUUCUUUGGCUUGAACUACCCUGAGAUUCGCAUGAACAAGCUGUUAAGGGUCAAUCGUUUGUUUGAGUUUUUCCAGCGUACAGAAACUCGUACCAACUUUCCCAACGUGUUCCGAAUCUCCAACCUCGUCAUGUACAUCGUGAUCAUCAUCCAUUGGAACGCCUGCAUGUAUUACUCAUUCUCCAAGGCCAUCGGCUUUGGAGCGGAUGCCUUUGUGUACCCAGAUACCUCGGACCCCGAGUUUGGGCGGUUAGUGAGAAAGUACGCUUACAGCAUGUACUGGUCCACCCUGACGCUCACCACCAUUGGAGAGACUCCACCGCCUGUCCAAAACUCUGAAUACUUCUUUGUGGUGACUGAUUUCCUGGUCGGCGUGUUAAUUUUUGCCACCAUUGUCGGUAACGUGGGUUCCAUGAUCACGAACGCAAAUGCGGCCCGAGCGAAUUUCCAGUCUCGCAUCGAUGCUAUUAAGCAGUACAUGAGCUUCCGGAAGGUCACCAAGGACUUGGAGAAAAGGGUCAUCAAAUGGUUUGAUUAUUUGUGGACCAAUAAGAAAGCAGUAGAUGAGAGAGAGGUACUCAAGUUCCUGCCUGACAAGCUGAGAGCAGAGAUUGCUAUAAACGUCCACCUGGAUACUCUGAAGAAGGUUCGGAUCUUUGCAGACUGUGAGGCCGGACUGUUGGUCGAGCUGGUACUGAAGCUGCAGCCCCAGGUGUACAGCCCGGGCGACUACAUCUGCAAGAAGGGUGACAUCGGCCGUGAGAUGUACAUCAUCAAAGAAGGAAAACUCGCCGUGGUGGCCGAUGAUGGAGUCACACAGUUUGUUGUCCUUAGUGAUGGCAGUUACUUCGGAGAGAUCAGUAUCCUCAACAUCAAAGGCAGUAAGGCAGGAAAUCGCAGAACUGCCAACAUCCGCAGCAUUGGCUAUUCAGACCUGUUCUGCCUUUCCAAAGAUGACCUAAUGGAGGCGCUGACCGAAUAUCCAGACGCGAAGGCCAUGCUGGAGGAGAAAGGGCGACAGAUUCUUAUGAAGGACAAUCUGCUGGAUCUGGAGUUGGCCAAGCAGGGGCCCGACCCCAAAGACAUGGAGGAGAAGGUCAUCAAGAUCGGCAGUGUGCUGGACGAACUGCAGACACGUUUUGCUCGUCUGUUAGCUGAACACGAGGCUGCACAGGGGAAACUCAAGAAGCGUGUCACUAAAUUAGAAAAGAAGAUCACUGUAUCUGGUGGAGUGGAACCAGAACCAGCGAUUCCAGAGAAGAAAGAUGAAGAGCCAGAAGAAAAGAAAGAUGAAGACAAACCGGAGGAGAAGUAGAAGUUUUAGGAUAUUAAAAAUAAGCCUUGCAUAUUUGUGGUCCUACUUUAUAGAGGAAGAUGGCGUGACUGGAUUUGUGUGAAUCUGCUCCUGCCCAAGAGCAGGUUUACCCAGUGCUGUCAGUCAACCACAGCAAUCCUUGUUAAAAAGACCAGUACAGCCAGUCACCAGCAUAUGUUGUGUUUUGGAUGCUGAUCUUCAACAUGAGAUGCUGGUGUGAAGCUUCUUAACUAGCUUCCCCAGCAAGACUUCUGUGGUCAACCAGCCUCACCAGUUACGUUUUACUGGUGAACGCCAUGAGUCUAGACCAGCAUAAACCAGCCUUAGGCUGCAUGGAAAGUCAUACUGGUGUAAGCUGGUCUUUUCAACUGGGAUGUGUGUUUGAACCUAAAUAGAAUGAAGAAGACAUCUGCCAAUGUUUGUUUUGUUCUUUCCUCUACCUACAACAGGUAAAAUUCAAAUGUAACAUAUUGUACAGGUGAUCAGUUUUAAAAGAAAUCCUUUAAUGGGGCCAGACUUAUUUGUGGUUAGUACUUGAUUGUAUCAUGUUACGGACAUGUCGCUGACGUUUAUUCUGUAAAUUUGUUGUGUCUUUCAUGAGAGAAAAUAAAGAUCAAAUAAAACCUUAAUUUUAGUUUGAGUGUGUAUGAUCUAGUGCCACUCAAAACCUUUUUCAUCAACAUUAAUAUUUAGCAAGAAACAGUAAUAACGAUGUGCUGUAGGAAUGUCACUAAAUGGGCUGUAAAAUGUCAAACAUUUAAUCAAUAAAGCGUUUGUGACCAGACACAAGUACAUGAUGUUUAUUUCUUAUUUUAAGGGCCUCGCUCAUGAUGUGUGCCAUAAGGUUAAAGGCAGGCGGGCAUGUCUUCUUCUUUGAGUUAAAUGGUGGAUUGAUGCCAUAAGCACAUACCGCCACCUACUGUACAUUGUGCAUCCAACAUAGUGACUAACUUUACUUCAUAUUGUGUUAUGUUGUGUAUGUUCACCUCUGCAAUGCGUGAUCCGGGCUUCUGUGUGUUCAGCUCCCUAUGCCCGGACCACAUCACCCAGGGUGUUUAUCAGUUUUUAUUGUUAUAUAUCCCCCUGUAUUUUAAUUAAUAUUUCACAUUGUUAUAUUCUUUGGUCAAGUCCUGUUUUUCUCAAUAAGUCCAUAACUACCCUACAAUUCGCUCUAUUUUCUAGUCCUUUCACCAAUAA